AGCCACCUGGGCUCAAGGAGGCGAGCGCCUCCCGAGGAAGCUCGCGACUCCCUCGAAGGACGCGCCAGUCGGAGCGAUGGUGCAAGAUGGUUCCAGCGCGGCCAGGCAGAGCAACGUCGAGGCGGCGUCCGCCGCCGUCCUGAAGCUGAUGGCCACGCAGGUGGUCCUGCAGGCUGCCGGCAACGCCAUGGAGCGCGAGGAGGAGGCCGCCGCCCGCGGCGGCGCGGGGGGCGCCCCCGAGCGGGGCGCGGAGUCGGAAAACCCCAGCCGCCGCGAGUCGUUCAGCUUCAGCCAGCCGGCGAGGAGUUCCAUCAGGACCGUCCCGUGACGGCAGCGGUCGAGGGGCGGCCCCGGCAGCGGCUCGGGCGUGGCGCGGCGCCGGAAGGCCCCCUGGGCCGCCGCGGGCCCCGUCGGGGCCCUGCCGGCGAGGGGCCCGAGGCCCGCCGCCCCCCCGUGCAGCGGCGCGGGCCGCUGGAAGGAACUCGCAAAAGCUCCCGACCGUAGAUGACAGCACGAGCGUGAGCCGGGCACCGGCAGGGCACCGCCGCUCCCUCGCUGGAUCGCGCCGCCGCUUUUCGUCGAACGGUCCUCGAAGAAGCAAACUUUGGGAAUUGAGGGUCCGCCUCAACCACUCCUUGUCGCCUGCACUGCCCUCUUUCUACGGUUGUUCUCUCCUCCCUCCUCUCCGCGCGAUACGCGUGAGUUUAUGCAGGACCCGUGUGCCUUGUAGAUAAAGCAGAUCGUGGAGAUCGUCCUUUCUCCAUUCCAGUUUCCCGCACUGGCCCAAUAGCCCUUAGGUAUGAUUUUCGUUGCCCGCUUAGGCACUCGAACUGGUGAGCCUGAGAUUGUGAGAGUCACCUGGACUGCAUGGCGGGGCCGCUCCUCGCUCGCCGCUCCUCGAUCCUCGAACCGCGCUCCUCGAUCCUCG